AUGGCUGUUCGUGCACAAUUUGAAAACAGUAACGAUAUUGGUGUAUUCUCUCGCCUAACUAAUAAGUAUUGCUUGGUUGCAAUUGGAGGCUCAGAAAACUUUUACAGUGUAUUUGAAGGUGAAUUGGGAGAUGUGAUCCCAGUGAUACAUACUUCAAUAGCAGGCACACGGAUCGUUGGCAGAUUGACACUAGGCAAUAGUAAAGGCCUACUAGUACCAAGCACCACAACAGAUCAAGAACUUCAACACCUAAGAAAUUCUUUACCAGAUUCUGUUAAAAUACAACGAAUAGAAGAACGUUUAUCCGCAUUAGGAAACGUGAUAGCAUGUAACGAUUAUGUUGCAUUGGUUCAUCCUGAUGUUGAUCGUGAGACACAAGAAAUUAUUAAAGAUGUGUUAGAUGUUGAAGUGUUUACACAAACCAUUGCGGGAAAUGUACUGGUUGGGAGUUAUUGCGCUUUGAGCAAUCAGGGCGCUUUGGUGCAUCCAAGAACUACUAUUCAAGAUCAGGAUGAAUUAUCAUCAUUACUUCAAGUUCCAUUGGUGGCAGGCACAAUAAAUCGAGGUUCUGAUGUAAUCGGCGCAGGAUUAGUAGUAAACGAUUGGUGUGCUUUUGCUGGAUUAGACAGUACUGCGACUGAAUUAUCAGUCGUGGAAAGCAUCUUCAAACUUCAUGAAGCACAACCAACUGCUAUUGUUAAAGAGAUGAGGGAUUCUUUAUAA